AUGGACACGAAUCAGCGGCCCAUCAUAGAAGCGGACACCGAGAAGCACAUAAGGGUCACCGCUUGCCCUGGAGCUGGGAAGAGCAGGACUCUGGUGCAGAGAGUCAUACAUCUCGUGACGUGCAAGGACGUACGUCCGUCCAAGAUAAGGGUGGUCACCUUCUCCAGGCAAGCCAGCGCAGAUGUGUCUGCUAGGCUGCCCGAUGGGGUGAAGUCAUCGACCAUUCACUCAUUCUGUCUUGAGCUAGCGGAGGCUUUCGACCCGAUCCUCAGACGGGCUCGCUUCACCCUCCCUAAUGCGUGCCCCUGGUCUGCGGACGGAGAGAAGCUAGAGGCUGCUUUCGUGGCCAGCGAGAAGGAGACGUACUUCUGCAACGCAGAAUCGGAGGUCUUCCUCCCGGACGAGCACAUCUACAGGCUGCUCAGGGCCUUCCGGACUGUGGUAGACCAGGAGACGUCCGAUUCCAUCCGGUCUCUCGUGCCCCAUUUCCUGCUGGUCGACGAGGCUCAGGAUCUUGACCAGACGCAGUUCGACGUCAUACGGUUGCUGGUCGAGCGUUAUUCGACGAGGGUGUUUGCGGUGGGCGACGUCAACCAGAACAUCUAUGCUUUCCGCGCCUCCGAUGCGACCCUCCUGGCCAAGGUCGCACGGCUGGGCACCUACCCCUGCGAGUCGUUCGAGCUCCUGAACAACUACAGGAGUACGGAAGCACUGGUAGCUUUUUGCAACGAGAUCCGCCCGGAUCGAUCCAGUCAUGCCAUGAAACACGUCAGGACUUGCGCGUCCGAGCCUCCCAGACUCGCAGUCUUCGAGAAUCGGGCGGAAGAGGUCCGUUUCGUGACGGAGAAGGUAGCCGCACAUGCCUCGAAGACGGGAGGGGACCUGGGUGACAUAGCUGUGAUAGCGAGGACGCAGCGAGAGGUGUACACGUUGGCUCACAAGCUCACGGAGCUGGGUUACGCGACGAGGAUCUACACAGGCGACUCGGAACCGACACCCGUCAAGAGGAAAGGCGACCAGUGCGAUUGGAUCACGCUGUGCACGAUGCACGGAGCGAAGGGGCUCGAGUGGCGUUCCGUGAUCGUCAUAGGUUGCACGGACAUGCUCAACCGGUGCUUGACGAAGGAAGAGCUGGAGCAAGAACGCAACCUCUUCUACGUGGCCUGUACGCGAGCCAAGGACUCCCUGCUGAUCACGAGCCCCAGCCGCUGCAUCACCCGGCUUCUGUUCCCGGCGAGCCGGACUACGUACGAACUGGUGACGGACGACGAAAAGUCCUCCACUCCCAUCUUUGGGACGUUCGGAGACACGGACGGGCAGCUGCCGCCCAACAGGUCGGUCACCAACUUCGUCCGCCACGCUUCGGGCGAAUUCUACGACCGCUCGAAGCAGCGUGGGGUCAUCCCUCGGACGUACCCCGGAGCGACCUUCGAAAGGCUCCACGCCGUGCACGGCUUCCCAGCUUCGGGCGACACCAACAUACUCUACGGUUCUGCGGUGGAAAGGGUCAUAUAUAGGCAUGUCAUGUCUGCGUGUCUGCGUCUGAGCCACUUGGAGGGGCAUCCCGUCAAGAUGACGGAUCACUUCGCGGACAAGUGCUUCCUCUGGGUAAAGGCAUUCGAAGACAAUUGGACUCUGCCGGAGCCGACCCCCGAACAGGUGGAGGGCAUGGUCCGCUCCCUGGCGGCCGAGUUCGAUGUGGACCCUACGAGGAUCGUCAUGCACUUUGACGGGAGGAGCCUUCCUGCAUUUGCAAAGAGCAGCAAGGACUCCCUGCUCCGCACGAAGCGGUUCGAGGAUACGCUGAAGCGCAUCCGGGAGAGUUACAAGGAGUACAUCGGCUUCGACCACGACACGGAGAGUAGGAGAGCGCUCCGCAAGAUCACUGACGUAGCGGUGUGCGCGCACCUGGUAUAUCCACUGGCCAGGACUUACUUCGCGUUCACCGACCUCCACCUGGGAGAUCUGUCCAAGGAUAAGAACCUAGGCCUAUUCGGUUGCACGAAGCGCUUCGUGGAGGCGAUCAUCGAAAAGCACCUGGAGUCGCACGGAGCCGUGGACAUGCUGCCAGUGGUCAUCACCCCGGACGAUAUGUACCAGUUGUUCGGGGUGGCGACCGACACGGACCUCUCCACCGAGUCGUUGCGUGGUGUGGCGGACCUCAUCGUGGGAGACUGCAUCCUCGACAUCAAGUGCAGCGCGGAGAAGAGUGGUAUCCAAGCGCCGUGGGUGCUGCAGCUUUUGACGUAUGCGGCUCUGGCGAGGUUGAAGGGGAUGGUGGUCAACAGGAUCAGCAUCUACAACCCCAUCCAAGGGUAUGUGUGGACCGCUCCGAUAGACUUGGCAGCGACAUGA